CGCAAAAAAAUAAGGAGAAGAAGAAACGAAGCGGAAAAGUAAACGGACAUAAAAAGUUUUCAAUAAAUGGGCUGUUGUGUAUCGUGAAUGAGCGAUGGCCAAAGUUUUAAAUUAUACAAAGUAUCAUAAAAUAAAUGUAGCGGACCAUCGUCAUCAUCAUCGUCAACAACAACAACAACAACAGCAGGAGCAACCACAACAACAACAACCACAACAAAAACUAAUACUAAUAAAGCAGCAACAAAAACAACGACAAACACAAAUAACCACAAAUCAAAGUAACAAUGACAACAAUAAUAAACACAGCCAUUUCAACAACAACAACAACAGUAGGAGCAGCAGCAGCAACAACAACAAUGAAUUUAUCAACUAUACAAGAUUGCAGCAACAUGUUGCUAAUGACCAGCAGCCACAUUUUCACAUUAGCAGCACAAAUUUGCAACAGCUAACAUCCCUUUCCUCCUUUAGCAUUUUAAAAAAUCGAAAUUCAAAAAUCAAUAACUCCCGUAAUGUUAACAACACAUUUCUACCCUCAUUAACCCCACCAACAACAUUAACAUCAACAUCACCACCGCCACUAACAUCGCCAUUACCACCGUCAACAACAUGUUCCUACUCCCCAACUCCUUCAACAUCGUCGUCUCCUUCUAGAACCUCUACUGCAGUAGCGGUGAAUUCCAAUACUUUAUCACCCCUUUCCCCAUCACAUCUUAAUCUCUCGACCACAUACUCGACCUAUUCAACAUGUUGUGUCUUAACCUACAAUAUGUUUACGGCAUAUGCCGAAGCUGCAACAUUGCAACUGAAACGCAAAACUCAAUUUAAUAAACUGCUGCAUGUGAGUGGUCAUCCUGAUAUGCGUAGUAUUUGCUAUUUAAUUCUGAUGGCCUUCUUUUAUUGGGGCGUUAUGAUACGAGCUGCUGUAGCCGCAAACCUAACCACUACACAAACGCCAACUUCAGCCAGCCAUGUGGAAGAAUUAAAUACCAAAGCAAUGUUUUAUUCGAACUUAACAGCCACCAUCACAGUCACCACCACAACCAUCACCACCACCACCAUCACCAAUGGCUUCAGUGCUGUAGAUGUAGUGCAUGGUGAGGGGAGUGAUCCACCCCUGCCGUUGUUGACCACCAACAGCAGUUUAAAGCUUCCCAUUUCAUUACUAUCUUCUGACGAUACUUUAACUAACUAUCAGCGACGUUUGCUAAUGCGUCGUGAAGCCGCCAAUGUGCCUGAUUUUGAUGAUGAUGAUUCCAGCUACCACGAUGACGAACUUGAUGAAUAUGAGAUUUUAAUUAAUAAUAAAUCUGCUUUAGGUAAAUAUAUUGGAGCUCCAUGUAACAACUCGAAAUGUGAGUCCACUCUAUUGCAUGUCACCUGUGAAAAGGAUACAAAUACAUGCGGCUGUGAAAAAAAUUAUCCCGUACAACUUGGUUUAAUCAGGGGGUGCGAUAAACCUAAAAAACUAGGUGAACAAUGUUUCUACGAUGAGACAUGCCAGUACAAUGAUGAAAAUUCCCUUUGUGUUCAGGUGCGUCACAAUGCCAUGUGUCAGUGUGCGGAUGGUUUCCAUUCGGUUAGCUAUACAAAACCAACACGACGAGUAUUUUGUACUCAAGAUAUCGAUGAAUUGAAUUCCGAUUUACCAACAUUGCUGGGCGUGUGUGUCGGAAUCGGUGUACUGGCUGGUCUCAUCUGUAUGGUACUCCAUCUGUUUAGUAAAACGAAAUAUCCACGUCAUCGAAAUUUCGGUGAUGCUAAUUUACCGCCACCUAUAAUGUAUUCAAGUGAAACAGUGCAAUCCGGUCGUCCCUCCUCACGUUCGAGUAUACGCUCUAGUGGCGGCUCAAUCGGUUCCUAUGGCAAUCGACGCUCGUCAACGGGAGGCGCAGGCGGCAAUAGUAGUGCGACAGCUGGCUCCAAGGGCAUACUUGUCUCAACAUCACGCACAGGUUCUCGAAGACCAAGUCUAGCGUCGGUACACAGUACGAGUUCAUCCGUACGUAGCUAUAGCAUGAUGCGUUUCGAAAAGGAACAACAGCAGAAGGAAAUUCGACAAGAGAUGAAAUUGCGUUUGGCUCGUCUACAGCAACACCAGCAUCAGCAACAGCAUCAACAACAUUUGAGGGAAUAUAAGCCGCAAAUAAUUAUCGGCGAUACUGCUGUUUCGAUGCAACAUGGUGUUGCCUUGAGUCGCAUUACCAUGGCUACACCAAGUCCAAUAACACCCAAUUCAACGGAUGAACUUUUACCAGCGGUCGAUGAAAGUCAAGAGUAUCAACCCAAAUCCGAUAUGAUCACCAAACCGCUAUUUGCAGAAUCAGUUGCUUCUGCUACCAUAAGUGCUAUAAAAAAUGUUGCUGCCUCUUCGGGUACGAAUCAAAAUAUGACCAGUACAACUAAUGCCGCUAUUGCUUCUUCGUCAUCGUCAGCUACAGGUAUGGAUCUGGCUAGUGCUGCUGCUUAUAUUGGACCCUGCAGUUCUUCAAAUGAAGCGCUUUAAAUUAAUUUAAACAAAAAUAUAUAAAUGUUUAUAUACAUACAUAUAUAUACACAUAUAAAUAUAAAUAAAUAAAUUAAUAAAUAAAUAAAUGCAUAAGUAAAUGUUAAAUGAAAAUUAUAUUAGAAAAAUCCAAAAGUAAACAACUUUAAAAAGCGUAUUAAGUAUAGAAUAUGAAAAUUAUAAAAAGAAAAAUAUGCUAUUUUGCAUUUUAUAUUUGUAUAUAACAAAAAUUUAAAAGAAAAUUACCAAAAAAAAAAAGAAAAGAAAACAAGAAUAAAAGAAAUAUUUAGUGUAA